AAAAAAACCCUUUUCUUGAACUUCUUCCUGCUCAACAAGUUCCAAUUUUUCCCAUUCUCAGUCGUCGUUAUUGAACACCUCCUUUCUAUCCCCUCUUCUCGUCGCUUUUUUCAUGCGCCGGAAAUUUCCCGACGUGUAACCACGACGCUUUUUUGAACUACUUUGUGGCCUUUAUUGGCGGUUUCCUGAUUCUUCUUUGUGCUCAACUUUUGCUGUUAAACGAUUAUCUUAUCAGCCGUUGCCGCCGAAUUGAUAAAGUUUUUGAGGCUAUUGUCUUAGAGAGAUGUUAUUUUUCCAAAGAUUUUCUCGGACUUCAAGGGUGGUGAGUGCAUAUCGAUGGUGUUAUUCUUGCUCAUCAGCUUCGAAUUCUGCAUUUUCGAUGUAUCACCAAUUGUUCAACUCUAAUGCGACAAUAAAUCCUCUUUUGACUUCUAAGUAUGAAACAUCUUGCAGUUUUCUUCAUGCAGCAAGACAUCAUGUCCAUCAUAGUGCCACAUCUACUAUUGAGCCGACUGCUGAAAGCACACAAGCGCUUGGGGAAGGAGGCAGCUGGGGUAGGCAAUCGGUCGGCGGCAGAGCUGUGGUGGACCAAUCAGAUCCAUUUUCCCUCGUUGCUGAUGAAUUAGCACUCGUAGCUGAUAGAUUGAGGUCAAUGGUGGUUGCAGAGGUCCCUAAAUUGGCAUCUGCUGCUGAAUAUUUCUUUAAAUUAGGAGUUGAAGGAAAGCGCUUCCGCCCAACUGUUUUACUGUUGAUGGGAACAGCUUUGAACAUGCCUGUAUCUAUUUCUUCAGCUGAUAGACUAUCGCCUGCUGUACCUGUUGUAGUAGUUGAUAACCUGGAAGCAGAACUUCGAAGAAGACAGCAGUGCAUUGCUGAGAUCACUGAGAUGAUACAUGUGGCUAGCCUUCUUCAUGAUGAUGUGUUGGAUGAUGCCGAUACAAGACGUGGUAUUAGUUCAUUAAACGCAGUCAUGGGCAAUAAGGUUGCAGUUUUAGCUGGUGAUUUCUUGCUCUCCCGGGCUUGUGUAGCUUUAGCCUCUUUGAAAAACACUGAGGUGGUAUCAUUACUAGCUACAGUAGUAGAGCAUCUGGUCACUGGUGAGACAAUGCAAAUGACAACGACAUCUGAACAGCGUUUAAACAUGCAGUACUAUUUGGAAAAAACCUAUUACAAGACAGCGUCAUUGAUCUCAAAUAGCUGCAAGGCCAUUGCUCUUCUUGCGGGGCAAACUACAGAAGUUGCAACGUUGGCUUUUGAGUAUGGGAAAAAUCUGGGGUUGGCGUAUCAAUUGAUAGAUGAUGUUCUUGAUUUCACGGGCACAUCCGCAUCACUUGGAAAGGGUUCACUUUCUGAUAUUCAUCAUGGAAUCGUCACAGCUCCACUGUUGUUUGCCAUAGAAGAGUUUCCUCAAUUAAGUGAAGUUGUGCAGCGAGGCUUCGACAACCCGGCAGAUAUAGAUCUUGCGCUUGAUUACCUUGGAAGAAGUCAAGGAUUACAAAGAGCGAAGGAUUUAGCACUGAAGCAUGCAAACCUUGCAGCAGAAGCUAUUGAUUCGCUGCCUGAAAGUGAUGAUGAGGAUGUUAGAAGGUCAAGGCGUGCACUCGUAGAUCUUACACAAAGAGUCAUAAAAAGAACUAAGUGAACAAAGAUUUUACUCUAAGCAAUUCAAAUUUACAAUUUUGCUCAAUUUAUGUAUAAUGGGGCAGUUCCAAGGGUACUGCUUUGCCACUAUUCUUUCUCGAGUUUGAUUAUGUUAUUUUGUAGCAAUUUUAUAAACAGAGGCUUGAGCUCGAGCAUGAAAAAUUGUUGCUGAAUUAUAAUGGACAGUAUUUUCAAUUGUACAACAGUAUAACCAGUGAAAGUAGCUUUCGAAAAUUGUUGCUCGUUGCUCCUAAAACCCCAUUAUUUUGUUUUAAGCAUAAACCUUUCAGCUUUUAAUUUCGUCUCCUUUUUUCCUUUUUUGUUAUGAAUUGGUGAGAAAGAGUAGCGUGAAUAAGCAAAAGAAGUAUAAUGUUUUGGGCUGUUGGUGUAGGAAAUAUAUUUAAGCAAUGCUUAGUUGUAGUGUAUAUACAGCCGAUCUUCUGGGAGAUGUCUCUUAAAGAGACGUCUCUUAGGCACAGUGCAUUAAACUUUAAUGUCCACGUACUAUAUCCUUAAUAUCUACUUACAGUAUCCUUAUUGUCUACUUACAAUAUAAUUAAUGUCCACCGAAAAAAGUACUUAAAAUGCUUAUUUACAAUUAGUGAUGGCCACGGUCCGGGUUGGGCCGGUUUCGGUUCCGGUUCCGGUUCCAGUUCCAUCUGAAAUCUAAUUCGAACGUUUUCGGUUGCGGGCGGUUCCAAACGGUUAAUAAGGCGGUUCCGGCGGUCCAACUCUCGGGUCGAACCAUCGGUUCCAUUCUUAUUUUUCCUUUAAAUAUAAUAUAAAAAUACUAUAAUAAUGCGGACGUACCUUUGAUGAUUACUUGAUUAUUAGUGAAAUUCAUUGCUUGUCAUCAUUAUUAAAAUAUUUACUAAAAAGAAGGAAAAAAUAAAUUAAUAAGAAACGAUAAAGAUGAUUAAUAAAAAAAGAGGGAGAAAAUGGACUUGAACCUAGUAUCCUGAAGGAAUACUAAGCUGCCUACGUAUCCCGAAGGAAUCAAAGCCCACG